AUGGUGGCUGCCGGCCUGUCGCAAGCAAAUGGAGGAGACAGUGAAAUUGAUAAUUACCUGGCAGAUUUUGAGCGACAAUGUAACCUGCACCGAAUAGAUAGAGGAGAGUGGGUCUCAAUAUUGUCAGGCAAACUGUCAGGCAAAGCUUCUGAUGCUUUCCGGACCGUGCCAGAGCAGGAGAUCCAUAGCUACGCCAGGGUUAAAGAAGUGCUCCUGGCUCGUUAUGCAGUAACCCCGGAGUCCUACCGACAAAAGUUCAGGGACUCACGCAAAACCACGAAAGACUCUUACGUGGAAUGGGCAUGCCAGUUAUCCCUGUCGGCCUCUAACUGGGUCCACAGCAGCCAGGCCACCACCGCAGAGGACAUUUUGCAACUAAUGCUCCUGGAACAAUUUUACGAGCACAUCCAGACGGAUGUCAAAGACUGGGUGAGAGAUCGCCGGCCCAUGACUCUACCAGAGGCCGCUAAGUUGGCGGAUGAAUAUGCGGAUACUCGCAAGACGAACCCGGUCACACCACGGGUACAACCUCCACGACCAACGGUGCCCUCAUACCCACCCGCCGCUAGAUACCAACCUCCUAACAGACCGGUGACAUCUAGCCCUCGCUAUCCACGCCAGGAGGGCAAUGAACAACGCUGCUUCCGGUGCAAACAGCUGGGUCACUACAAGCAGAAUUGCCCCAUGGACAACAACACCAGGUCAAAUUGGUCUCGACCUGGGAACUGGGUCAGGAAGAACCUAUUGGGCACCCUUUACGAAGCCCUCAUGGUACAAUCUGUUAUUACGGACAACAGGAAACACCAUUGUCAGCUGGUCAUGGUUAAUGGAAAAACCGCCCGGGGAUUAAGAGACAGUGGGGCAACCAUCACGUUGGUACAAAGACACCUUAUUAAGGCAUCAGAGAAACCGGGGAAAUCAAUUGCUGUGAGAGUGGCAGGGGGGGCAGUAUACCGUAUCCCUACUGCACAGGUACACCUAGACUGGGGGGCGGGAGCUGGCAUUGUUCAUGUGGGCGUCAUGAAAGACUUACCUUCUGAAGUCAUCUUGGGCAACGACAUUGGCCCCCUGACUUCGGCGUUCGCCUCUACCCCCGCUCAGGAGGCCCACGCAGUAACCACCAGAGCACAAAGUCGCGCUGCCGAGAGCCAUCCACUUCCUACUGAGACCCAGGUAAGCCAACCCAACCUACCCUUGACUGUAGAACCCCUACCCUGGGACACCCCAGAGGACUUUGGGCGGGAGGUGACCGGAGACCCUUCCCUCAGAAAGUAUCGAGAGAAAGCCAGGAGGGGCCAAGGGGGAUUAGAGAAGGAGCAAUUUAUCUGGGAGAACGGCCGCUUGUACAGGCUCACCGAGACCCGGGGUAAUGCACCAGGGCCUAAGCAAAAACGCCAGCUGGUAGUUCCCCGGAAAUACCGGCAGGAGUUAUUGAGGAUUGGGCACGACGUACCCUUGGCAGGCCAUUUGGGAAUACGCAAGACAGGGUAUCGGGUAACUCAGAACUUUUUCUGGCCUGGGGUAUCUGACGACGUCAGGGCGUAUUGUCAAACGUGCGAGGUAUGCCAACGUAUAGGUAAAAAGGGAGACCACCCAAAGGCUAAACUAGUUUCCAUGCCCAUUAUUGAAGAACCGUUCACAAGGGUAGCCGUGGACAUUAUAGGGCCCCUGGCCCAACCUAGCUGUUCCGGCAAGCGGUAUAUACUCACCAUAGUAGACUACGCCACCCGUUACCCCGAAGCGGUAGCUCUCUCUAACAUACAGGCUGAGACCGUAGCAGAGGCCCUAGUUAAAGUAUUUUCCCGAGUAGGCUUUCCCAAGGAGGUUCUGUCCGACCAAGGUACCCAAUUCACGGCCGAGGUAACCCAGCAGAUAUGGAAAACCUGUGGAGUUAAAUCCCUGACUAGCUCCCCAUACCAUCCCCAGACUAACGGCCUGUGCGAGCGCUUCAACGGAACGCUAAAGCAAAUGUUGAAGUCGUUCACGGGGGCAUACAAGGAUUGGGAGCGAUUCCUGCCACACCUUCUCUUUGCCUACCGAGAGGUGCCGCAGGAAUCGACCGGAUUCUCACCCUUCGAACUUCUCUAUGGGAGGCGGGUGAGGGGGCCCUUAGAUCUCAUCAAGGAUCACUGGGAGGGGCAGACAGAGAUUGAGGGGACCCCGGUUGUACCUUAUGUCCUGGAGCUGAGGGACCGCAUGGAGGAAUUAGCCCAGACAGUGCGAGAGAACCUCCGGGCGGCCCAGCAGCGCCAGAAGGUAUGGUAUGACCGACGGGCUAGGCAGCGGAGCUUUCAGAUAGGCCAAAAGGUCAUGGAGACCCUACCCCUUCCCGACCUAUUGGGCAGUAACAACGGGAUGACCCAGAUAAAGAAAGUCCAGCUAGGUGAACAGCUGGAGCCGCAAGAGCGGGCUCAAGCUGUCCGCUUACUAGAAACAAAACAGGCCACAUUCUCUCAGGAGCCUGGAUACACACUCCUAGCCAUACACAAGGUAGAGACUCCAGGACAGGCACCCCUGAGACAGCCCCCUUACCGUAUCCCCGAAGCAGUCCGGGAAGGGAUGCGGAAGGAAAUAGAUGAGAUGCUUCGGCUAGGCGUAAUUGAGCCCUCAGAAAGUCCUUGGGCCUCGCCGGUAGUCUUAGUGCCAAAGAAGGAUGGGACAACCCGCUUCUGUGUAGAUUACCGGCGCCUCAACGACAAGACAGUUACGGACGCCUAUCCGAUGCCACGGAUGGACGAGCUGCUUGACCGUAUCUCUGCAGGGAAGUAUCUGACCACAAUAGACCUAUGCAAGGGAUAUUGGCAGAUUCCCCUAGCAGAAGAUGCCAUACCCAAGUCGGCCUUCAUCACCCCGUUCGGCCUAUACCAAUUCCGGGUUAUGCCGUUCGGGAUGAAGAACGCCCCGGCCACCUUCCAACAGAUGGUGGAUCAGUUACUUGGGGGUCUCCAGAGCUUUGCAUGCGCUUACCUGGAUGACAUCGCCAUCCAUAGCGAUACUUGGGAGGCGCACCUAGAGCACAUAGGGGUAGUAUUAGAUAGGAUCAGGGGGGCCGGGCUGACCCUGAAACCCGACAAAUGUCACUUGGGUAUGGCGGAGGUACAAUAUUUGGGCCACCGAGUAGGAUGUGGUAAGCAACGGCCGGAGCCGGCUAAGAUCGAGGCUGUUGCCAAUUGGCCCACUCCCCACACCAAGACACAAGUCAUGGCUUUCUUAGGCACAGCCGGCUAUUACAGACGCUUUGUACCCGACUAUAGCGCCCUGGCCAAACCCCUGACCGACUUGACCAAAAAGAAGCUACCCCGACAAGUCCUGUGGUCCCCGGAAUGCGAGGUGGCUUUCCAAGCACUAAAGACUGCUCUGGUUAAUGCUCCGGUGUUGGUUACCCCAGAUCCUAACAAAAGAUUUAUUGUCCACACAGACGCUUCAAUGUUUGGACUGGGGGCAGUACUGAGCCAGAUCGGGGAGGAUGGAGGUGAGCACCCGGUGGCAUACCUGAGUCGGAAGCUGUUGCCAAGGGAAGUCAGCUAUGCCACCAUUGAAAAAGAGUGUUUGGCCUUGGUGUGGGCACUCAAAAAGCUCACACCUUACCUUUAUGGCCGGGCGUUCACUCUCAUCACCGAUCACAACCCCUUGGUGUGGCUUAACCGGGUUUCAGGGGACAACGCCCGUUUGCUACGCUGGAGCUUGGCCUUACAGCCC